UGUGUGUGUGUGUGUGUGUGUGUGUGCGUGUGGCGUGUGUGUGUACCUCUGGAUAAUAUUAAAAGUAGUUUGUCCAAUGGCUUGUUUUUUAUGUACAGGUCAGCAUAAUAGUGAUGAGAGACAAUAAUAAGCUGUUUUCAAGGAGGCUUAAAGGCUUUUCUGUUCCUUGUGAUAAGACCAGGGGCAGCUUCACAUGCAUGGUCAAUAGAUUCACUAUAAACAGAUAUUAGACUCAAGGGAUUGCAUUUUUCCUUUUCAGAAAUACAGGUCUAUGGUGAUGGGUGCAUGGGAAUAUAAUUAUGUUUCCACUAUAGUUACCACAUGGUCUGCAGAGAGGAGGAUUGAGCCUAAAUGUCUAAAUAGUCUAUGGGUAUUUAAAACAGUCUAUCUUGCCACCCCACAGUUCCAAAGGACGCUAUUAUGCAUACCAUUUUGGUCUCAAAAAGGCCAAGUCAAAGAUCAGCAAACUGGCAUUCCAAGCUUGUUCUUAGUGCACAAAGCACUCGCAUUCCAGAACGCACACAUACUCACGUUCACCAUAGAACAGAAAUAGAAGGAUGCCACAAUGACAGCAUCAAAAUGGGUCCACCAAAUAGCUGCUGAGCCAGAAGCAGUUGUCUCCUAAAGGCUGAUCUCUCUGUUUAUCUUCAUCUAUGCCCUUAACACAUAUAACAUCUAAUUCAUCUCUUGUCAUGUAUGGAUAUCAAUAUCACAUUCAUAUAUAUAUAUGUAUUUGCAAUAAUUGGUGUGAUACUAAGCUCUCUAACGCAAAGGUAGAUUGUUGUGGUUUCUACAUUCUAUGCAUAACCAGUCACACUAGUGGUGAAAGGGAGAUUUCAGACUCAUGACCACAUUCAGACUUCACAUGAGUCAUAUUACAUUCAGACAGCAGUCUAUUAGAAGCAAAGAACAUGCGAUGUUAAGCCAGUUAAAUAUCAUUAUCAGUCAAUGUGUCAAUGACUAGUUAUUUUUACAUAUGUGUGUUUUCCUUGUGGCCCAUGUGGUGUUUGAAGCUGCCUGGAUAUGUGGGAUGGAAAUGCUCUCGGUUUUCUCAGGCUUCUCACAAAAGGAGCCCCCCCCAGCAAUCCUGCAGAGGAAACUCAGAUAAAGGCCUCCAUUGUAACUACACUAUCUGGCCUUUGAUGUUUAUCAUGGUGCUUAGUGUAAACAGCUUUGUUUAUUCACGUUAAGCUUUACUAGGUAUCUUUUGUGCUGAAGACUCUUACCCAAAUUACCCACACAUUACAAAUGUUAAUAUGGUUAUUAAUCAUUGACCUCACAUAUGUGAUGCUAUCAUGAACUGUAUCAGCUGGGAGGAUUUGGUACACAACACUUUGAGUGAAUGCUGUUCAUAGCAGCUUGGAAAAAGAAAGAAGGCAAAAACAGGGGGGGGGGAAAUGCCCCUGCCUGUGGCUUUUUAAGUGCAUUUGUAGACAGCUGGAAACGGGAGAAACAGCUCUUCCCCACUGGGAAUGUUUUCCCCAUGACGGUGUCCAAACAGCUGAAACUCUCAAGGCUGUGGCAUCUCCCAGGCCCAGCAACACCACCUCUACUGUACCUGGCCCACGUCCAAACUCAAGCUGGCCUGCGUCCAGUGUUGAGUUUACCUUUGCUCAAACUGAUAAUGGAGUUGAGGAAGAAUUAUAUGUGGGUUUUGAGUGGCCCGGAUUUUAAGCCAACUGGUAAAAGUAUUAAUGGAACGGUGAAGGGGAUUCAUGUUUACACUCUUUUCACUCUUUUAGUUAAGCAGCUGACAUGAAUGGAAAAAAAACAUGAAAAUCCUCAAAUUCCCUGAGAUUUAUACCUUAAGUAUUAGUUGUGACAGGGCGAUACGGGACAAUUAAAAGUAAAUAUAAUUUGUCCCUGAGUUUACGAUCUUUAAAAUCAUUUCCUGCCGAUAUCUACUUUGCAAGGUAAAACACAACCAAAAACAGGUGUUGUAUCUCAUUGUAUAACAACUGCAUCUGCAAUGCAAUAGGAUUGAUUACUCAGGGAUAAAGUGUAUUCCUUUGUGAGCUCUAAAGACCAAUACAAUUCUAAUAUAUGCACUCAGACUAAAGGUCAAAUCAGUUGACCUUCAUCCGAAUAGCAUCCGUGGCACAAAAGGAUCAAUGGGCUGUCAGGAUGGUUUUACAUUAAGUAUAUCUGGAAUGACUAUGUAGGCUGUAUCGCAUACCGUAUGCCAUAUAAACAGUCACCAAGAGGAUGCUAAAGACUGUUAUAAGGCACUGACAUCCUGCGGUGUACUGUCAAACGCAGUGUAUAAAAAGAUGAAGAUGGUCAUUUGCACUGUCAUGAUAACUUUUUAUUUGGGUCAUAAAUACUACCAUGCUUCCUCUGACGCUUAUCCGCAUAUUAAAUAAAUCUGUUUGUGCUUCAGCCGGCAUGUGCAUGUACAGGAAGUGUUACGUCGCCUCCCACUCCACGCAUGCGCAGAUUGCCUGUAAUAAUGGGACUGGUGACAGUGGGCAGAUGGCCCUGUCUCUUGGGAAAUCAGGGGGGUAAAUCUCUCCAUUUAAAGCAGACAACCUGCGCCAGGGCUGGGGAGAGGAAUGGCUCAGUGCCCCCAGCAGGGGUGACAGAACUAGAGCGGCAGUGAGAGUAAAGCAAGGGCAAAAAAAAGUCUCAGUAGUCUCUAAUCCCAAUUCACUCUCGCUAAGAGAUUAUGAAGCUGUCUGACAAUUAAGGCACAGGAAAAUAUUCUGGCACCAAAGAAUGACACACUGCUAAUUUUCUCGUAGCCUACAUGUUUGUCUAUUUUAAAUUUGAAAAACGUUUGGCCUGUGGCUUAAUGUCAGUAAUGAUGGACUUAGGAGGACAUGUGGGGUUGCAGUCACACUUGUUUUCUGUGUUCCUGAAGCAUUUCUCUUUCAGUGCUUUGCGUCUGUUUUAACCCCAGUGUUAAUCCGGUCUGAAUGCCCAUCUGGUUAGAUGAGGUAGCUACACUGUAGAAUGAUGUCAACAUGCUACAGCUCUAUCACGUUUAAGGGUGUAACUCAGCACAUGACACAGCCUAAUGCUCAGUGAAUUGUCAGUGAAGUGGCUCACAAUCUUUUACUUGAACUACAUAUCCAUUUUUUUAAUCAAAGUAGCUACAAUCUACACUCUUUUACCAUAUUUCUACACAAGUGACAAAUCCAUGUUUUAUUUUUCAUUAGAAACACUUGUCACUGUGAAAAACCUUUUCUCAUUUUAGAUACAAUACCAACUGGCACUGAAUACAAAUAGCAUAAACAUUAUAGCUUGCUAAAAUGCGUAAUGCGUUAAAUUGGAUCAGAAUAUCCAUUGUAGGUUGAGCCUAUAGAGGCUAGAUAAGGAGGUGUUGGGUAAUAUCUGUAAUAGGGCCUAAAAUUGUUAGUGUAUAUUACACUGUUGCAAUACUACGUUUUCAUGUGUUUCAAAAGCAUCUGAAAAUCAUUGUCAGACGUGAACACGUUUUAUAAAAUAAAACGGGCAUGCCAAAACAUUACUGUGGGCACCGACAUCUAGUCACGGCAAAUUUGUUGUCAAGGAAACUGAAAUAGAGGGAAAGAUGCGCGAUAGAGUGAGAGGGGCGAUACGGAAGAAGUAGGCCUAUGUCUGUGUGUGUUGAAAAGGGGGAGGGUUGGGGUCAUAUUCUAUGUGAGUCCCUCUGUAGACGGUUCUGCUGCUGCUGCUGUGGAGCUUCGGUAUCAGGGCAGCCGGAGAGGGGUGGGGGGCUGUGAAGGAGGAUUUUCAUUUAGUUUCUGCUCGAUAUUUUGAAACACCACAAUGCUCCGUCGUUGUGUGCAAUCCUUUCAUAUCACAUUUCAUUAAUGUGUGUCUUAAUUUAGCUUUAGACGACGGGAAAAUAGCAUUUUUACAUCAUUCGUUUUUGACCUACUGAGGAUGCUCGCAGCCCACCCGACUCUUUGAUGAGGGCUCUCUCCCUCGCGGUUAGCUUGUUUAACCUACAUAUUUGAUUAUAGGCUACCGGUGACAGAGCGACCGGUUUUCAUUUGCAUACGCCUUAAUUGUGCUGGUUAAUUUGUUCUUAUUUCGUUAUUUGAGCGAUUGGGGGAUUGCGUCUCCCGUUCGGUUUUUUAAUGACUGGUUUCGUGUUUUGCUGCGCUAUGUACAUGGAUAAAACCAGUGUGCUCCGGGGCCCUUCUUCCUCUAGUCCUCGGCUCCUCACAAAGAGCCUCUCCCUGGAGCCUGGAACUGGUCCUUGCCUUGGGACGCACGAGACCCCCCAGCGUCUCUGCUCCGACCCCGGUCCUCUCGGACCCAUGCACUGCAAUGGCACCAGUGAGAACGGAGCACAAGAGACGCCCCCCAUGGCCCCAAAAACACGGCCACCUUUGCCUGGUCCAAAACCACAAGUGCCCCCAAAGCCACCUCAUCUACAGCAGAGUGCACGUCGACCCCGGCCUCCAGACAAACCUCUGCCCCCACCACCUCCCUCCCGACCCCUCCCUGCGGACCCUCGUGCGCCCCGGCCCGCCGCCCCCCGGUCAGAGGGGACAUCGUCCCCCACCUGCGUCCACUCCCUCAUCGAGAAAUUUGAGAGAGAGCAAAUCAUUGUGGUGCCAGAUAUCACAGGUGGGGGUCUGUGUAUCCCAAGAGUCCCUGAGCCUCAGUCAGGAAGUGGUUCCCUCACCCCCCCAGUAUCAUACUCCCCCCUGCCCUGCCCCCUCCCUCAGGACACCCUGGAGAUGCCGCUGUCUUCCACUGAGAAGGAAAAAGAGGUCAAGGAGGAGGAGAUGGAUGAAAAUGAGGAGGAGAACGAGGAACUGGGCGCUUCUUGUUCAGAAAAACGUCUGUCUAUGGAGUCAGGCUACAGUGCUUCCGACAAACUAUUGGAUGCAAUGGAAAUGAGAGACCUGAUGGCGAGCCAAUCAGAAGUCCCGGCCGACAAGCUGUCCCUCCCUGCUCAGCAGACGGACGGAAAGUUGGCCAAUAGGGACAGUGGCAUCGACAGCAUCAGCUCCCCAUCUCACAGCGAGGAGUUGUGCUUCGCCGGUGACGAUGACAGAGUUGGUCACGAGCGUGAGAUUUACCCCUGCAGCCCUUUGCCGACUCUUCCUCGUCUUUCCUCCUCAUCGUCGUGUGGUUAUGCAGACGGGCCAGGAGAGGAGGGAGGGGCGUCUGGAGGAGGGGCGCGAGACUCGGAAGGGGACAGCGACCUGGAGGAGGGGAGCGGAGAUGAGGGCGAGAUCAAUCCCAUGGUCCUACAGCCUCUCGCCCUUCCCAAAACGGAAAGGCAAGACUCCGCUGAGCUGUCGAUUCAGCAGAGAGUGUUCAACAUUGCCAAUGAGCUGCUGCACACAGAGAAGGCCUAUGUGGCCAGGCUGCACCUCCUGGACCAGGUGUUCUGCGCCCAGCUGAUGGAGGAGGCUCGAGCACGGGGCUCUUUCCCCUGUGAGGUAGUCAUGGGCAUCUUCUCCAACAUCUGCUCAAUCUACUGCUUCCACCAGCAGUUCCUGCUGCCUGCGCUGGAAAAACGCAUGGAGGAGUGGGAGCAAAACCCUCGUAUUGGGGACAUCCUGCAGAAGCUUGCUCCCUUUAUGAAGAUGUACGGAGAGUAUGUGAAAAAUUUCGACCGAUCAAUGGAGCUGGUGAACACCUGGAUGGAGCGCUCGUCCCAGUUUAAAGCCAUCAUUCACGAUAUCCAGAAAGAGGGACGGUGCGGAAACCUGACCCUACAGCACCACAUGCUGGAGCCGGUGCAGCGGAUCCCGCGCUACGAGCUCCUGCUCAAGGACUACCUGCACCGGCUCCCCGAGGAUGCAGACGACUCCAAAGACGCACAGAAAUCUCUGGAGCUAAUCGCCACAGCUGCAGAGCACUCCAACGCAGCCAUCAGGAAGAUGGAGCGCAUGCGAAAGCUGUUGAAGGUGUACGAAUUGCUCGGAGGAGAAGAGGAUAUCGUUAACCCCACUAAUGAGCUCAUUAAGGAGGGGCACAUCCUCAAACUCUCUGCCAAAAAUGGAACCUCGCAGGAUAGAUACCUCAUACUGUUCAAUGACAGGUUACUGUACUGUGUUCCAAAGUUGCGACUCAUUGGGCAAAAAUAUGGAGUCAGAGCCCGGAUAGAUGUAGAUGGCAUGGAGCUGAAAGAAACCAGCAGCAUGAACGUCCCACGGACAUUCCUGGUGUCAGGGAAACAGCGUUCGCUGGAGCUUCAGGCCAGGACUGAAGAGGAUAAGAAGGACUGGAUUCAGGCUAUCCAGGCCACUAUCCAGAGGCAUGAACAGACGCUAGAAACAUUUAGGAUGCUGAAUUGCUCCUUACGUGAAGAGGACUACACCCCUCCCAACUCUCCUAACUGCACGGAGCUAGGGAAGCGUGCCCCUACACCUAUCCGGGAGAAGGAGGUGACUCUGUGCAUGAAGUGUCAAGAGCCGUUCAAUUCAAUCACCAAGAGACGCCACCACUGCAAAGCCUGUGGCCAUGUGGUGUGCGGGAAAUGCUCAGAGUUCCGCGCUCGACUGUUGUAUGACAACAACCGAGCGAACCGCGUAUGUGUGGAUUGCUACACCACGCUUGUGGGAGUAUCUCCCUCUCCUGCCUGCCUGAGUAGCAGUACCCACAGACGUCGCUCCAUCCUGGAGAAACAGGCCUCUGUGGCAGCAGAGAACAGCAUCAUGUGCAGUUUCCUGCACCACAUGGAGAAGGGAGGGGGGCGUGGCUGGCAAAAAGCCUGGUUUGUCAUUCCAGAGAAUGAACCUUUGGUGCUCUAUAUCUAUGGUGCACCACAGGAUGUCAAAGCUCAGCGCAGUAUUCCCCUCAUUGGGUUCGAAGUCUCCCUCCCUGAGCCAUGUGACCGGCUGGAACGCCGCCAUGCCUUCAAGAUGAGCCAGAGUCACCUGACGCUCUAUUUCAGCGCCGACAGCGAGGAGCUGCAGCGCCGCUGGAUGGAGGUCCUAUCACGAGCUGGCAGGGGGGAGGACUUACAGGCCCACGGGCCUAUCUCGGAGGCCCUGGAGGAAGAGGGGGAGGAGCUAGCCCCUGUGGGAGAAAGCACAUGAUUUGUUUAUAAACAAAAAUAUCACAUAUAUCAUUCCUUUUGCACACACUCGAAACUGUACAAAAAAAGUGAGCAAACAUAACCAGUCAAAAUCACAGACACCCUUUCAGACAUACAGACAAAUGCCAACACACACACACACCACACACACACACACACACACACACAACAAACACACACGCUCUUCUCUGUACUAAGUGUCAGUUGUCAGUUGCAUGCAAUAUCUACAGGUACGUUUCUCCGUGUAUUGCUCAUCUUGUGAGCGACCAGUGUUUGCAAUCCAGCCAAAGUGUGCACACCCUCAAAGAAGACGUAUCAGAGACAUAAGACCAUAUACGCUCUUACUGAAUAGAAACCCCCAUUCCCUCUGGCUAGCGAUAUUUCUUCUGUUGUUCAGUUGCAUAGCACCCCACUCUUUCUGCCAAACUUUGCUGUGUUGUUUAUUAAUGAGUGAGGUCUGUUUGGGGUGGAGUGUUUGUAACUUUGUUCUUGCUGGCAGAAGGAUUGUGAUAUUUCUUACUUCGCCGUGACAGUUCUGUUAUCAUUAAGUGUAUUUACAUGGAAAGGACUGGUCAAGUUCAGUUGUGGGAUAUGGAGAGCUUAGAGACGGAUUGAGGAGAGGAGAUACCACUGUCAGCCUCCAUGCUGAUCAUACUCCAGCUUGCACAAUUAGAGAGACUGCAGUGUUUGACUGAUGGGUGGUGGCGCAAAGGGUUUUAGAGACUUGUAUUUUUUAGAAAGAUGUAUGUACGUAUAAUCUGGCAAUAGGUCCCUGUCCUGUUAAGGUUCCCACAAUGGUGCUUUUUACAAGCGUAUACAUAGACACUUUAAAGAACAUCUGAAAGGGGCCAAAUGGCUCUGAGUUUUUGAAUGCCAUGUGGGCAAAAUCUCCUGUAGUCAGGACAACUCCCAAUGGUGCUGUAUUAAGAGCUUAAAGACCAAUCAAGCGAUUCAACCACUUUUAACAAUCUUAUUAGGGCCAGUGUCUAGUGCCUGUCCAGUGUCUGUUUGACGCAGGCUUGAGAGUGCUAAUGCUCUUCGACACUGGAGAGAGGAUUUGCUUUUUUAUGAUUAAAUCCUAUUUUACUAAACAGCCCCUCUGCCAUCCAGUGGAGUAUGACUGUAUUACAGCCUCUUUCUGAGGCUGAAGUUUUUCCCCUCAGUCAAUCACACAUAAAGGAGAUACAAACUUCCAAAUAAGUAAACAAUUUUUCUCUGAAUAUAUAUAAUAUAUAUAUAUAUAUAUAUAUGUGUAUAUAUAUUGUGUAUAUAUAUAUUGUGGCUGGAACUUUAGCUUUGGAGAUGUAUACCCUAAAGCUCAUGUUUUUAACUUGAGUAUGUCGUUUUGUGAAUUUGUGCAUGGAGGUCGGUCAGCGACAGGAAGGCUUUUUUCUGGUAUUUGAUAAGAUUGUAGAUAAUGGGAGUGUAUUUGUAGCAAGAUGAUUUUUAAAAGUCUGAAACUGGGGCAGAUUUGUAUCAUCAUAACAUCAGAGGUAAUGCCUUAUGAAGCAUUUUGAUAAAUAAUAGAGAGAGAAAGUAUAUAUGAAGAAAUACAUGGCAGAUGUUAUGAUUGAAUUAUUGAGUGUUUUGAAUAGCAGUGUUUUUUGUGUAUGGAAAAUACAAAAGGUUAUUGGCACCUGCAUUUGUAAAUAUAAUUUAUUCUCCUCAAAGCCCAGUUUUUGUGGGUCUGGUAUCGUUGAGAAGCUUGCUGUUAUCUGUCAUUUGUGGUCUGAUUUGGACUUCUGAUAAGCGUGGUGGGUCAUACCACGGGGUAUGUGGGAGUAGCUAUAGUUAUAUUGUCUGCUCCCAAUCAGAGGUACUCAGCAUUCGAGAAAAGAAACUUUUUUACUUUUAUUUGAUUCCUAAAAUCCGUACCCAACACGACACACCUGUCAAAUGAAUUCUGUGUAGUUUAUUUGGUACUGUUUGAUCUUGCUCUUUUUUGUCAAACUAUUGCUCUAUUCAAAAGCCAGGCCGACCAGUCAGAAGCAUAAGGGUUGUAUAUAAACAGUUCAGUCAUCUUGUGUCAGCUUUUUCUUCUCUUCCACGUGUGCUGUCCAGCAAGAUAAUUCAGAAUAUGCGUACUUCAAGUGGUGUAAGAUGAGUAUGUGGGACAAAGUCAACCAGUUCCAGAUGUAUUAACAUCAUAUAGUGCUGAUUUAAAGCUGAGUAAAGUAUUUGUUUCGAGUGAAAACAGAGAAACCUGUCAUUUAGUCAUUCAGUGAUGAUAUUUACCAUUGUAUGGAUCUGCUGAACAUUGGGUUUUUCCCCCCUCAGCAUUAUCGUUUUUGAAUCAUGCCUUACAGUACUUGUCACUUAGCGUUAUCAUCAUUUUAUUUUACCUCUGCUUUUGCCAAAGUAUACUGCAGGAACACGAUUGAGUCAUUCAGUACAUUUCUGUUUAUUUGUGUUUAUCUAUAUGUGUGUUUUUUUAUUUUAUUUUUUUAUUUUUAUACCUUGUAUUUAUUGUAAUUUUCUUUUUCUUUUUCUUAAAUUCCAGUUGAAACUGCAUUAGGCCAAAACAAAAAUCAAGCAUUUUAACAUGUAAAAAUGGGUUGAUGAAAGCAAGUAGAAUCGGUUCAUGUCCAGAUUAAAUAUUCUGUACCUCUAAUUUAAUUUAGUGCAUGAAUUUCUGUUUAAAUUUUUUCCGUUAUUACUGAGGCUUAGUCAGAUUAUGUACACUCUAGCAAGUAAGCAUGAGUAGGCUGACGCCUUGGUGACAUGGUCAUGUUAUCUUAAAACAGCAAUCUUGCCUCAUUUUCACAGUUUUUAUCCUGGUGACAGAUAUCUGAUUUUUUCUUUCUUGAGUUGCAGUUCAGCGCAUAUUCAUCUUGACUACAAAUGCAUGUAUCAGUUUAGGACGCUUCAGCCUACCCCUUCUGAUGAGAUUGUGCGAUUUCUGAUAUCUUGAACAUUUGAGUCCUUUUUUUAAUAGUUACCCUUCUUUGAACUCAGCUAGGCUCUUUGCAGAACUCUUUCAGUGGGCUUCUCCUACAGCAAACAUUACCAGAUUGCUGCAAUGUCAAGGGAACAGCUGUGCUGGCGUGGAGCUUUUAGUUAAUGUAAUUUAGCUUCAAGAUGGGCCCAAUAUGGCACCACUGCAGAUGUGAAUAACUAUAUCAAAGGAUUACAACCUAGAUAUGAAAACCUGUGGUUCUGUUUACAGUUACAACCCUGUGAAAUGGACGGCCACCACAGUCCAUGAUACCUCAGCAAUAUUCCUUCUCAUGGGAAAGUCUGGCAAGAUUGAAAUGGUGAAUGAUUCUCCACGGUGACGCUCAUAUGGCUACAUGUUAGCCACUCUGUGAGAAUGAUACUCUGCCACUCCACAACAAGUUAUUAGUGGUCCUCAUUUGUCUUCAUGUAGUUACAUUUAAAAUCAGGGAUAUCUACAGCUGGCCAUCAGUGGCCUUGCAGCAGUUCACCAAUGGAACUCCCCUCAGGACUUAUUAUUUCACUAGCCGUGUAUGAGUCUAAAAAUGUCUCUGGUCAAACUCAAAUGUGGACCACCUAGCCAGUGUUAAAUGAAAUGCUGUUUGGAGUAAAGAAUAUAUAAUGUACAUCAAAAAAGCAUUUUAUGAUAGAUGAAAUCAGCUGAGAUGUCCAUAGCAGACUUGCUUGUAACAAUAUUCCACUUUAUAGCUUGAACACCACAAAUAGUUAAUAGUGAUCAAUCAGCUAAUUAGUUUCUGUAUUUCACAAAGUUGCCCAACAAUAGACCACACACGCUACACACACAGAACACGGCUCCCAUGGUGGUUGGAGAAAAGUGCUUGACAGCACCGUACAGACAUCAAGGCAAAAAAUAGCUGGGGCAGCAGGAGUAUGACAAGGCUUAGGUGCUUAUGUUUCCCUAUGACAAUAGCUGAAACAGUGAUUGAUUUGUGCCUUUACCUUUUUUUCGGGCUUCAUCCAUACAUGCCAAACUCCCAGAAAGAGCAAGUGCCUCAGUCCAUCAGCCCUAGCAGACUCAUACAGCACCAGUUAAUGCAUCUAUGCACUGUAAGUAUGGUAUGAGUGGUGAGGAGAAAAUAGACUCCCUGUUACAUCUUGCCAGACAACCCAGUCAGGAACAUUGGAGGAUACGCAGGGACUGUGAUUGUCUAUGGUGAAAUAUGUUGUAAUGACACAGACAUGAGCAAAGUUCAAUGUUGGUUUAAUUAAGGAGCCCUGCUAAACCAAACUAUAUGGCACAGUUUUCCAUGGUUACAAACUGUUUAGGUUUAUCGUAAACAUGACCUGAAUAUUACAACAAUUGCUAUUAUAAUGAUUAUUGUUAUUACUAUUAUUAUUAUUUUAGUGGCAGGCCACUGGGUACCAUUGUAUGUUGACAUCCCGAUUAAAUCUGUGCAAGAUCAUGACAAUGUUUAUGAAUUUAAAAAGAAUAAAAUAAACGGUCAGUGUCAAUCAA